AUUCUGCGAAACGUUAACACGCAUGCGCACGGAGGAAGCCCGGCCAGUUCGAAUUUAAAUUUGUAUCAAAUAUUAGUAGACACUACCUUCUCAUAUUUAGCUGGUGUUUUUAAGCUCGUGUGUUCCUUAAUACCUAACUGGAGGUGUUCGGCUGAUAGUAUAGGUAUGGAACCGACGGAAAACAGUUGGGAACUGAGCAAGGAGAACGUCCAGCCGCUGCGACAAGGACGUAAAAUCGCCAACCUAACGGCGGCGCUGCAGCCUGUCAAUGGCCAAGAUGGCGGACUCAGCCGCGUGCAGCAGGAAAAACAAGCCUUCGAGGCUGAACUCCGGAUGUACACAGGGGAUGAUCCGUUUAGUGUCUGGGAUCGGUACAUCAAGUGGACGGAGCAGAACUUCCCAAAAGGCGGGAAGGACGGAAACCUGUCCACCCUGCUGGAGCGCUGCCUGCUGUUCUUUAAGGACGACAAGAGAUACUCCAACGACCACAGAUACCUGCAGGCCUGGAUCAAGUUUGCUGGCAUGACCAACCAGCCCAUGGACAUCUACAACUUCCUGCAUGACCAGGCCAUCGGUGCACAGGUGGCACUCUUCUGGGAGGCCUGGGCCUGGGAACUGGAGCAGGAGGGAGACACCAAGAAGGCCGACGCUGUAGCCUUCGAGGCUGAACUCCGUAUGUACACAGGGGAUGAUCCGUUUAGUGUCUGGGAUCGGUACAUCAAGUGGACGGAGCAGAACUUCCCAAAAGGCGGGAAGGACGGAAACCUGUCCACUCUGCUGGAGCGCUGCCUGCUGUUCUUUAAGGACGACAAGAGAUACUCCAACGACCACAGAUACCUGCAGGCCUGGAUCAAGUUUGCUGGCAUGACCAACCAGCCCAUGGACAUCUACAACUUCCUGCAUGACCAGGCCAUCGGUGCACAGGUGGCACUCUUCUGGGAGGCCUGGGCCUGGGAACUGGAGCAGGAGGGAGACACCAAGAAGGCCGACGCUGUGUACGCAGAGGGGAUUCAGAAACAAGCUCAGCCUGUAGAGCUGCUCAUCAGGAAACAGAAAGAGUUCCAGGCCAGAGUGGCCCGUGCCACCCUGGAAGGUGGAGUUCCCCAGUCAGCAGACAUGUCUGGUGCAGAGCCACAGAGGGUGACGCUGGGAGGACUGAGGGGCCAGGGCAAGAAACACCAGGCUCCUGUCAACAGGACUGGGGCAGUGACUAAAGUCUAUUCCACAGGACUGGGGGUGAAACCCUGUGCACCUCCACAAGUAGGACAGGCCUUCUCCAUCUUUAGUGAGGACAAUCCACAAGAACAGGUCAUCCCCACCCCCACAGGAGAGUGGACCAACCCUCCCCUGCCCCGUGUGACAAACAGGGAAAACACGCACAGGCCAGGGAAGUGGACGGAAGCAAAGGUGUCACAGAAAGCAGUGCCAGCAAUCCCCUUCAAGGCAGUGUCUAUGCAGGCCAACUCUGAGUUCUCCAUACAUGUGGAGGAGGGAGCAGCCCAGCCACAGCCAACCCCACAAAAGCCCAUAGAGAUGGGAACCCAAGUACUGAGUGCAAGGAAACCUGAAAAGUCAACAAACCCACUGAGAAACAUGUACAUGCCCCCAUUUGAGGAUGACCCUAACAAAAUCCCCCAGUACUGCAAGAAGUUUGUGUACACGGGACUGGAGGAGUUUCAGUUUGAGGAACUCCGAGCAGUGCGCCACUUAGAGAUGCAGAGAAAAAAGAAGAUGGAAGAAGAAAUGAGGAGGCAAGAAGAACAGCGGCGUGAGCUGGAGGAACAGCAUCAGCGCCUGCUGACUCAGCAGAGACAGCAGCUGCAGGAGCUGCAGCAGAACUUCCAGCAGGAGCUGCAGCAGGAGCAGCAGGCCCUGCAGCAGGAGCGCAGGCAGAUGAUGGAGCAGUGCAGACAACAGAUGCUCAGGGAAAGAGCUGAGAUGGAGAGAUUGCUGGUGGAUAGGAUGAGGGACACCACCCUGGAACCUGCCACUGCCAGCACGGCGGGGCUGACAGAAAGCCACAGGGAGCACACAGUCACCAAACAUCUGAAUUUUGAAGAAAGCCUGGCUUCAGGUCUGCAGCCAUCUGUUCCUGAGACUGAGAAUGUGGACUAUAACACUGAGGUGGAGAUGGUAGAACCCACCCCGGUGAAGACUGGACCUCAGGUGGAAACAGGGGAUCUCCAAGCUGACCUGAGAUCUGGACAGUUGCCACACACUUCUGCUGCCCUGGUACCUACUGGGAUUGAGACACCCCGUGAGCCAAGUUUCACACCAAACUCCUCCAACUGUAGAGGCCCCACCCCUUCCACCACCCCAGGACGUCGGCCAAUCACAGACCCGUCCCCCACCAUCAACACCAAGGCAGCCAUGAUGGAGCUGGGCGAGUUCUUCCGUGAUGACAUCGGUGAUAUGGGGUUUGGGGCAGUGGGAGGAUCAGAUGAUCACGGAUUUGAGGACAACUUUGCGGCAGGCCCCAGUGGCGGCACAGCUAGCAGUGGCAUCAGCUUCUCAGCACCACAAGUACAGACUGGCGGCUUCGGUGGCUUCACCAUAUUUGAUGAGAGUAAAGAGACUGUGAGGGAGGACAGGAUGGAUCUUAAAACUCAGGACAAUUCUGAAGAUCAAGAAAACAAUGUGCCCGAUGGGUACCAGACAGGAGCCAAGCGGCGUGGCCUGGGGGUCCUUCAGCCCUCUCAGGGGAUCCCUGUGGAAGAACCCAAGGAGAUUGAUGACCUUGAUGGCAUUGAACCUUUCGCGGACGACAGCCCUGACAUGACCUUUGCGUCGGGUGGUAACCAGUCAAGCUUCUGCACGAUGGCUCGCAUGGCGUCCACGCCGUUCAACCGGACAGGCCCUGAGCUUCCUGAGCUGCCAGCCAGCAGCAUCCGACCGCUUCACGACUCCACCAGGAAGGCACUCGGCAUGCUGGAGAUCUCCACCACAGAGGACCUGGCUGUGGCAGGAGGCAGCAGGGCUGGGAGGGUGUCAGCUGGGUCGACUGAGGAGACCUUCGACGCAACGUUAGGAAACCGCGCGGCAGCCGCCCUCAGCCCCAUCAUGGAGAGAGGAGAGAGCCAGGUGUCCACAGACCACAGCUCCACUGACUCCGCCCCCUCCCUCUCUGUAGCAGAACCAAUAGAAAGUGAGGCAGUGGCCACAUCAAAUCCCCCAUCCCUGGCAGAGGACGGUGUCUUUGUUGCUGACAUCAACCCUUUCAACCUGGAGGUGGUUUCUUCCCUCCUUGCCAAGGUGCGCGGCUUCCUUACCAGCCACCAGGCGUACCAAGAAGAGGAUGGAGAUAUGCCUGAGAUCAGACCUGGUGUCGCCAUCAAUCUGGGUACUGAGCUGUACCACAUUGACAAGCUGGUUGCGGGGGCAUUUGCCAAGGUCUACCAGGCUUCCAUGUUAGAUGCUGAUGACUUGACUGAUUUGGAGGGAGAAAGAAAAGUUACACUCAAGGUACAACAGCCAGCAUGUCCAUGGGAGUUCUACAUCAACACCCAGGUGCAUGAGAGGGUCAGCAGCCUACAGGAUCCGAUGGACAUUAGACCGUCGCUGAUGAGUAUCGAUGCCAUGCAUGUCUUCAGCAACGGCAGCGUGUUGGUCAACGAGCAGCACAGCUGUGGCACUUUACUGGACAUCAUCAACUUGUACAGAGCAGCUGGGAAGAAGAUGAAGGAGGUGAUGGUGUUUUUCUACACGCUGGAGAUCCUGUACAUCGUGGAGCAGCUGCACCGCUGUCACAUCAUCCACGCUGACCUCAAACCUGACAACUUCCUCAUCAGAGAUGGUUUUGAGGACAAGCCACAGUCCCUGUUCAGUGGACAGCUGCGAGGUUUGAAGCUGAUAGACUUCGGCAUUAGCCUGGACAUGGAUCUGUUCCCCCCCAACACCACCUUCUGUGGCAAGAGCAACACCUCUGCCUUCCAGUGCAUCGAGAUGCAGACCGGCAAGCCCUGGUCCUAUCAGGCGGACCUGUAUGCUGUCCUCAGCACCGUCCAUUGCAUGCUGUUUGGGGAGUACAUGAAGGCCUACUACGAGGGAGGCAAGUGGAAAAUCACCCAAACACCCAGCAGAAGUCACCAUCCCAUCUGGAAGCGGUUUUUCGACACGUUCCUGAAUAUCCCCAGCUGUGAGGAGCUGCCCAGCCUGACCUACUGGAUCUCUGAGUUCCAGCAGUGUUGGAAAAACAAGAUGACCCUGUUUGACAAGGAAAAGUGGGCACAGUACACCAUGUACUUCGAGAAAAAAUAGAUGAAUAAGAGUGUUUUAUUAUAACAAUGUCUAUGAGCAUCAAGUGAAGAAGGUGAAGAGCAUUCUGAUCUCUCCUAGCAUAAAUCAGUACCCCAGUAAAUCUGCACCUUUUUGUGACUUCCUUAAGCUAUUUUAUAUUAGUUGUAGUUGUCGUAGAGCUUGUUUAGGUCUUAUUUAAUGUGUAGUUUGUUUCUUAGUUUGUUAGAUAUCCCAUCUCACUUGCUUUCUGUCAAAUUACUUGCAGCUACUAGUAAUCUUUUUUUUCAGUCCAACUUGUCCAUCUCUUUUGCAGUAUUUACAUUGACAUUUCAAGUCUUAUUGCAAUGCUAAAUGUGGCACAGGCUUAGAAAGACUGUACAUGAUGUCCAGGACACACAAUUGGUAUGUUUACUCCCUGAGUUGUAUGUUUUCCAUAUCAUAAUGAUGUUUCUCUGUGUAAGUUAUAUAAAGAAUACCAAGCUGUAUAAAAAAUGUUGUGUGAGUGUUUAAUGCUAGCAAGAUACAAUUAAAUGUAUUUUAUACCCA